AUGAGUAUCAACGGUGAAAACAGUGCCAUGUCUGCGUCAAACAAUCACGCGUCAGCAGUGGUAAAGUUACCCGAUUUUUGGCCCAAAAGGAUAGCCUUAUGGUUCACUCAAGUGGAGGUUGUAUUUUCGUUAAAUUGGAUAACCAAGAAUGACACAAAGUACAUUCACAUCGUCAGCCAGUUAAGCCCUCAAUACUUGGACGAAAUCGAGGACAUUCUUAUGCAUCCACCAGCAGAAAAUAAGUAUGAGACCAUCAAGGCGGUGCUUAUUAAACGAUUAUCCGACUCGGAUACAGCCAAAGCACGACAGCUUCUCGAAAGGGAAGAAAUUGGCGAUAGAACACCGGGUCAGUUUUGGCGGCAUAUGAAAAAGCUUGCCAAUAAUAAACUGCAAGACGAUCUACUGAUUGAACUAUGGAAGAGCAGACUGCCCAUUCGAACCCAGGAAGUGAUAGCUGCCCUGGAUCAAACGGAUGGCGAAAAACUAGCUGAAAUCGCUGACCGGAUUCAUGACGUGUCGCCAACGCAUAACCGAGUAGUCGCUGCAAUCUCCCUCAAUAUGCGACCAAUUUACGAAGAUAAUUGA